AUGCCAUCAGCUCCACGUGCUCAGAAGACACUUGCAGAUUUGAUUAUGCAGAAGAUUGAAGCAAAAACUGCUGCUGAUUCUGGCAACCUGGAGAUGAACGAGGAUUUAGAUAUUGCACCAUUAGGCUUGGACCCAAAGGUUGUUGAGGCAUAUACCAAAGUUGGAACCCUUCUCAGUCGGUACAAGUCAGGAAAAACGCCCAAAGCUUUCAAAAUUAUACCAUCACUUGGAAACUGGGAAGAGAUUCUUUAUCUGACACGACCUGAGGAUUGGACUCCUCAUGCUACAUAUCAAGCUACACGAGUUUUUGUGUCCAAUUUGAAGGCCAAGCAAGUCCCCAAAUUUUUCUCUCUUGUCUUGCUUGAUCGCGUCAGAGACGAUAUUGCAGAAAACAAGAAGCUCAAUUAUCAAUUAUACAUGGCUCUCAGAAAAGCCACUUACAAACCAUCCGCUUUCUUCAAAGGUAUCCUCUUCCCACUUUGUGAAUCCGGUACUUGUACUCUGAAGGAGGCGGCUAUUGUUGGUAGUGUCAUUUCCAAGAUAUCCAUUCCUGUUCUUCACUCAUCUGCCGCUCUACUGAGAUUGGCCGAUAUGGACUAUACUGGACCCAACAGUUUGUUUAUUCGAAUACUUUUGGAUAAGAAGUAUGCCUUGCCCUACAAAGUUAUCAUUGCUCUGGUUGAACACUUUUGCCGGUUCAAGAAUGACUCUAGAGAAAUGCCUGUCCUCUGGCAUCAAUCGCUGCUUGUCUUUGUACAGCGAUAUCGACAAGACUUGGUGUCCGCACAAAGACAAGAUCUUUUGGAACUUGUAAAGGUGAAGUUCCAUCACGGCAUUACUCCAGAAAUACGGCGAGAACUUAAUAGUGCAUUGGCAAGAAAUGAGCGUGAUGAAGACGAAGAUAUGAUGCUAGACUAA